AUGGCCGAUAUAGACUCUUUAAAAACAGUGAUGGAAGGUUCUACGGAUCCUCGUCAUGACAUAUCCCGCUGGCUGAGGUUACAAUUCGAACACAUUACCGCGAGCUCCACCUCAAAAGAGAUACCAGAGGAGUUUCCUCUAAAAAUAUAUAAUGAAUUGGUCACGUUUUGUAAAAAUUUAACAGAAAUUGAGGACCUUUCAAAUAUCGAAUCACAUAACAUUUCACUCGCAACCUCACAACUAUUAUGUUCUGUGUUAACUCGUUUACGAACUGACGAUGAAGGUAAGAUAUAUGAUGUUGCUGAACUAAUGGCCAAUAUAUUAGCUGAAGAAAAAAUUAUGGAUACUGAUACAAACGAAAAGUCUAAGAACAAAAAGAACAACAACAAAAAGACAUUCACGUAUAAUUUUCCGAAAGAAUUGGGCGCAACAAUUCUGACUCAAAUGUUUGAGUUAUUUUCAAAAGAUAUCCAUUCUUUAGUUCCAUUCCUAUUGCCUUUUAUUUUCAAGAAUAUUAAGAAAACUUUAGAAAAGAGUAAAUAUUUUCAUGCGUUAUACUCUGUAUCACUCGCUAGAUUGCUACGUUCUAUAUUAAGGAAUACAAAUGGCAAUUUCUUCGACAUCACAUACUCUACAAAAUUUAUAAAACUGUCAAAGUCUAUUUUUGAGGAAAUGAAUGACAAUCAAAUAGAUUAUCCUGUAGAUUUCAUAUCUGCUUUAGUAGAAUGCUGGACGUUCAUAUAUAAACAAGAAAGUUUCAUUCAAGAACACAGGGAUGAUAUUACUAAUACUUUGUAUACUAAAUUCUGGAAGUCAGAAAUUGCGGUGUAUGGUAUUUCGAAUGAUUACACUAGAAAUAUUACCGCAAAGGCACUCGCUGAAAUCGUUUUUGAUUACCAAUUCACAAAAAAUAUCUUAAAUCUCGAAGAGGCGUUAAAGCUUUAUGUUAAAAUUUUCAGACAUUGUCAUUCCAGGGAUGUUAGGGCAGGGUGCUUUGAAUCACUUACUCAUUUUAUUAUCCUAAAUUCUCUGGCUGACACCUCCUUUCUACAGGGUUGCAAAUACCUGUAUAUAGUACAACAAUUAAGCUCAAUUGUUUCCGAUAGAAAUAUCGUUAACAAGAAAUCAGACACAAUAGGAAGAUGGCUGAAUAUGCUAAAGUCCCUUCAUUAUCUUCUUUUACCUUACAUCUCAGAAGCAUCAAAAAACCAAAUCCUUCUCACACUCCUGGGUUUAAGAUCAGAUGAUUCAUUUCCUAAAAGCGGAGAGGACCUAAUGAACCUUUCAGUAAUCCAAAAGAAUGAAGUAUCCAACCAAUGGUUUAUACUUCUUCAACAAGACCUUAUCGAACAACUAUUAGUUAGUUUGUCUUCAUCCUGCAUGAACGAUGAUAAAAUGCGUGAUGAAGUUAAAUGGAGAUUAAUAUCAUUAGCGACAUCCGAUAUAUAUAAUGUACGUCUUCACUCCUCUCAAGUAUUAAAAGUUUUUUUAACGAAUUUUCCGGAUUUGUUAGCUCCUGUCAUCACAAGCUCUUUAGAAACAUUGUCAAACGCUUUCGAAAGUAAAGAAAAAUCUAAUUUGCCAUUUGCGCAGUUACACGGUCAUGCUUUGAUUAUUGCCAAUAUAAUAGACAUUGCUGAUAAGGACUAUGUAUCAUAUGAAUUGAUCAUGAGAGUUACUGUUUUUGCGACAUCCUUCAUUAAAAAUCAUACAACAUCAACGAAUGGGGACCUUUAUUUUAAAGGUCUGGUAUGCUGGAUUCUUCUUACAGGUCUAAUGAAUUAUGCUGAUGACCAAUAUUUAUCGACACAAACUGCCCAACUACUGCUGUUCUGGAAAGUACUAUUGACUCAUUCUUUUACAUAUAGGAACGAGGAAGAGCUAUUUCGUAAUUUGAAAACAAGAACUCACGCACUUACUUGUUUACUCACAUUUUUGAAUAACAUAAACUUAGAUAAGGAGUUAUCAACACAGAUAUCCUAUUUAUUAACAAAAUGUUCAAAUUUCAAUCAUUCAGUGGAACUGAAGUCAGGAAGGAUAGAUGACGCACUAUUAGAAAAUGAAAAUAGAAUACUACAAAUAUAUUUACGUUUAGAAAAAUAUAUUAGAUACGAUUUUAAUAGUUCACUUUUAAUUCUGAUUAUGAAAAACUUUACUGACCCAAAUUUGUAUAUUGAGCCGUCAAGCUCUCUUAUUCAAACUGUUAAGAAGAUCAAAAAAACAUCUAAAAACGAAGAUUCCAGAAAAGAAAAAGUUUUGGAGCAUAGUGUAGACAGUAUUCUGCGGUUGGAGGAUAAUUUUGCGUACGGUAUAUCAAGUAAAAUAAUAUGCGAUAACAUCCUUUGUCUAAAUUCCCCAACUGAUGAUAAUACAGUGACAGAAAUACCAGGUUUAUGGAACCUUUCUACGACUUACUGGUACGAUAUCUUUGAUAAGGAUGUGACUUGCCCAAUAUCGAGACUUCUAUCUAAUGAUUCUUUGGUUCUUUUAUUUGGAAAAAAAUCUUACGCUAAAGGUACUUUAUAUAUGCCUAAAGUUACUACAUCAUUAAUUGAUUUUUCAAUGGAGCUUUUCUCAUCUGUGUUUCCAUACCUGAACAGUAAGAUACAAUAUUCAUUAAUUGAAAACCUCAAUCUUGCGUUAUUUUCUAAAGCAACCACAGUGAUGAGGAGCGUUGCAAUUUCUGCAAAUAUAUGCACUGCCCUGUAUACAUCAUUACAGAUUAUUGAAGCAAAUGAAAUAACCCUUGACAAAUCAGUUGGAAAUUUAUUGGUCGAAUCCAUAAGGAAGAUCGAGUUCCUAAAUGACAAUUAUCUAACAUGCCUUAAAUCUAGCUGUAUUGGGCUGGUAACAGCUGCAGUUCGGAGAGAUAUGAGCGUAGAAAACUCUUCUGAUUUUAUCGAAGAACAAUGUAACAUUCUAGUUAAGUCAUUAACCGAUAACGAGGAACCGUUUGCCAGACUUUUAAAUAUUCUUUCUUUGUCAUCCAUUUACCAAUCCAAUUCAAAAUAUACCAGAUUUGACAACAUAUAUGAAAUUUUAUUAACCAUGAUUAAAGAUCCACACCCUGUUAUUCAUUCGUGGUCAUUGAAGGCGUUAAAUAUAUUAAUAAGAAGACAUUCUUCAAUGAAUUCGGAACAUAUCUCCAAUCUUCUAGGGGCUUUACAUGGUUACCUAUUGAAUCCAUCAUACGGAUGUUCGGGAAACUCCACAUUAAGAUAUAAUUAUAAUAUUCAAUAUAACUCACACUAUAUGAUUGCAAGUAUUAUUGACACUGUGGUCGAGAGUAUUGGCCCAAACUUACUUACUGUAGAUGGCGUAGCUGUAAGCUGUUUCCAAAAUAUAUGCUUCUAUUUUGUAUGCACAGGUGACCUAUCUCAACAACUUAAAAGUGUCCAGAUUUUUGAGAACAUAUCAAUUUUUAAAAUAGAAAACAUUCUCCAUGACAAUACGUUCAUUAGAGUAGCAGAAAACAUUAUUGCUAGCUCCCUUUUCCUAGGCAUUGGUUCAUCAUACUUUGAUAUGACAUUUACCAAUCGUCACGAACUUAUACCGAGAUCCAGUAGUGUGGAUGCUGCCUUCCAGUGUCUUAAUCUUUUCGAACACUUGUCCAAACUUCAAAAGGGCCAUUUAUUCUAUGAGCAAUUAGAAAGCACCUGUUGGAGAUAUCUUGCAUUAUAUCCUGACCGUGGUAUUAUAAGUAACUAUUUUAAAGAAUGGUUGAAGCAGGCUCCUAAUACCAAUAAAUGGCUAGAAAAAUUGCAACAAAUGUAUAGCAUGUCCAAUGAUAAACUUUUCAGAAAUGUACAUAGUGCAAACAAAAAAAUCCUUCUGGAAAGGGGAAUCAUAAAUAUCAAAGAAAAGGAAAUUACAGACGAAUUGGAGGAGAAGAUCAACGAAACAAAUGAGCCAAACACAUUAACCAGCAAAUCAGAACUUUCUGAUGCACUCCAAUGGAAGACUAAGGAAGUAAUCUUGGGAUUAAUGGCUAAAUUAUGUUCUGAUAUGCAAUAUAAACCUAUUCAAAGUCUUUUACCUCAAAUUCCUGCUCUAAUAAAACUAUCAUUCAAUGCUACUUCAAUGAGAUUAGAAUCGAUAAAUAAACUCGGCCUAUCAAUUCUCCACCUUGUUUUAAAAUUGUUUAGUAAAAUGGCAGAUCAAGAGUAUCCCCAGAAAUCUAUUCUUGAACAAUACGAGGCCCAAAUUUCAAGUGCGCUAAUGCCUGUUUUCCAUACAGGAAGUUCUCCUGACGUCAUAGCUAUGGCAAUAAAUGUUGGUGCAGAAAUAGUGUAUUCUGGAAUUGUACCUUCCACGGAACAAAACAGAAUAUCCCAACUAUUAAUUAAGUUACUACAAAGUUUUAAUUCCAAUUCAAUUGAUAUUCGUAUUGGUAAUAUAUCUAUUUCUACAAAAACUGCAAAGAGAAAAAUCGAGUUAGCAGUACUAAAUGGUUGGGCUAAGUUAACGCAACAAGCUAUUGAAUUAGAUAAUGCAGAACUUAUGAAAUUUACACGAGAAUAUUGGUCAAUACUGACUCCAUUAUGGAUUAUUUCUCUCCGUGAAUAUAUGAUAUUAAAUUACGAAUGCACAUCUUUACAUAUAUCUAAAGUAAAAGGAGGUGAAAAUAUAUACAGAGAAUCUGAUACAACCAAAUUGAUGCUGUAUGAACCUGUCUGGCAAAACAUGACUAGGGCUUUAAGUUCCAUAUUGCACAUAGAUAAAGACAUACUUUUACAAAAUAUGGAUUCAGACGAGCUUGAGAGUUUUAUGUUUGCCCUGGUCUCAAAAUGUUUAGACGAAACAUUACGGAAUAUCGACAAUGAAAAGUUAAAAGUGGUUCUUCUGUGUACUAUACAUGAUAUAUUCAAAUCUAAUAUCUUAUUAAAAAGUUUACUGUCUGACAAUAUAUUUUCAGAAGUUAUUGGGAUAUUUAAUAGAUUAAUGUCUACGGGCUCAAAGAAAGAGAAGAUAAUUGUCAUUGAUAUCAUUAAUGAUCUUAUUAGAGGGUACAGAAUAACGAACUCAUCACAAGACUCUUUUCUUGCUGACAUUGAUAAACUCUAUGAAUUAUUAAAACUCCUUAUGUUUAUCAUAUCAGACACCUUACCUUUUGUUAGAGUCUCUGACAUUCAAAAUACUAUCGAAAAGGAUAUACUUUUAUCACCUUCACAACAGGAGAUACUUCGGAAGGUUGCAAUGGUACUGGAAGUUAACAUUAAUCAGUUCGACGAAAUCUUUAAAGUAGAUUUAUACGCCUGUCAACUUUUUAUUAUUGGUAGAAUAUAUCUAUCAAAAUCAGUUAAUGAUAUCUUACCAAUCUUUUUACCCCUCCUUAAAAAUAUCAUAUCAGAUUUAGCUCAGAAUACUGAGUACCAAAAUUUGUUAGACACGUUUUAUGAAUCAACAUCUGUAAAUUACUCCAAACUAAAUAGACCGAACAGGAUUGCCACAUUCUUACUUUUAGUAACCAACGGAUUUAAUAAGUUUAAGGAGAAUGAUUUUAUUUAUAACACAAGACAACUCUCUAGUUUAUCGGAUCAAGAUGAAACCCUUCAAAUUAUUAUCCAGGGCAUUAAAAGAAUAGUACAGUUUAGUGAUAAAUUUGAUGGUUGUCGCUGUACAAUGAAAGUGUUUAUAAAACAACUAUUUGAAAGAGAUGAAUUACCCAGAAAUGUAGUACGCCCUAUAUCAGAUAUAUUAAAAACUUUCACAAAGAUUGCAGGUUCCGAUGACACGUCUAAAUUCGAACCUUGCUUUUCUGUAUGCCUACUAUUUAUUUGCAAACAUUAUGAAAAGUUGAAGGCUGAUGAUACUUUCAUGGCAAAUACACUUGAUGACCUGGUACUAUUAAACCCCGAAGCAUUCAAACAAUCCCUGGGAAUUGUUUUAGAAUCUGAACAAAAACAAACUAUGGAAAAGAUAAUCGAGGAGGUGGAACUUGCAAAGUCUUCCAAUAACACCGUUUCAAGUGUCGAAUUGAAGACCUUUAUAUAA